AUGGUCCAAAACAAGGUCAAAGACACUCGCCGCCCCGGCAUGCCCGGCUGGAUUGGCCCUGGCUACACACCGAAAGCAGCCCGUCGGCCUGCGAAUCCCCCGAAACAGGCCGCGCUUCCACCCCACCACUCUCCCAUCCGUCUCGAACUACAACAACUCCUCCUCAACAUCUUCCGCGAUACCUACGCCCCGCUCCUCAUCUCAGACGAACUCAGCCCGACGCUGCAAGAAAUCAAAGCUGCCCUGUUCGAGCGAGACUUUGCGCGCGCGUUCGGCGCACAGAAAUACCUCGAGGUAUAUGCUGCGAGAUGGAGCCCGAGUCGAUCGCUAUGCUAUGCGUCUGUUCUCAUAGAGCUACGUGAGCACCUGGACAAAUUCGACAUGUUUGCGCGCGGAACGAAACGCAAGGCAGCCGAUCAAGAUGGGGGAGACAAGGAUUCAGAUGCACGAGCAACGAGAAUCGUCUGUCUCGGUGGCGGCGCAGCGGAAGUUGUUGGCAUCGGGGGCGCCCUGCGAUAUCUCCUAAACGGUUCCAGGCCCUCACCUACCGAUUCAUCUGCAUCUUCAGCUGAAACAGAAUCAACCCCCGACCCCACCACCGAAGAAGAAACCCCAACCCCUCUCCUCUGCGACCUCCACCUCGUCGACACCGCCGACUGGGCCCCUACAGCCACCACCCUAACCACUGCCCUCGUCUCCCCACCUGCCCUCUCACCCCACGCCUCUGCCCGCGCCCGCGCAGCCGCUAAACCCCUCAUGCCCGCCACUACCCUCCGCACGACCUUCCACCAGCUCGACGCCAUCGCCCUAACUCCCACCCAGCUCGCCGACCUCGCCUCUCCAGAACCAUGCAUCAUCACCCUCUUCUUCACGCUAAACGAGCUCUUCACCGCAUCUACUGCGCGCACAACCGCUAUGUUACUCUCGCUUUCGGCCAUUUCGCCUGGGUCGGUGAUCAUCGUCAUCGACUCCCCUGGUUCUUACUCUGAGGCAGCAGUAGGCAUGGAGGGAGCGGAGAAGAAAAAGUACCCUAUGGCGUGGCUAUUGGACCAUGCGCUGCUUUCGCAGAAGGUCUUCGGGGAAGAGGGUGGUGAGGGGAAGGCGCAGUGGGAGAAGCUGAUGGGAGAGGAGGCCAAGUGGUUUAGGUUAAGCGAGAAGCUGAAGUAUCCUAUUCAGUUGGAGGAUAUGAGGUUCCAGGUGCAUGUGUAUAAGAGGUUAUAG